CUCGCAGUGUUGUUGAAGCAGCCGAAAAUAUUGGCGGGAGCAAGAGCAAGCGAAGGAAGCCAAACCGAUUAUUGUUUGGCCAAUAAAGUUUUUUUUACUGAAAGAUAUGAACAAAUCAAUUGAUAAAAUUGGGGAAGCCAUUCAUUUGGCGGCUCAGGAAGACUUAGAUUCCAUGAAAGACGACAGUGAUGUGAAAAAGUUUGAGGAACUGAUUCAGAAACUCGAGUUGCAACGACGGCUAGUACUAGAAGGCGAGGUGCGAAAACGAAAGCUUGCUAAUUUCAAAUUGAAUGAGAAUGUCAAUAGUCCUCAAGAAUUGGUGGAAAAAACUCAACUCGCUACGGUAAAAAGUGAAGAAAAUAUGCAGUUGUACAUGAUUUGUCAAAAGGCUGUUGAAACCUCCCAGUUUAGCCUGACACUUCAGUCAGCUGAAACUCGUGAUCUGGCUGAUGACUAUGCUGAUGAAGAAAUAGCGGGAUUAUCAGCUGAAUACAUAAACCUCUGUUUGAGUAACUUGGCAGAAUCUCACAAGAAUGAAAGACUAGACGAAGAGAUAAAGCAAGCUCAAGAAAAUAUCAAUCAACUUAAACCAUACAUCUUUCCAGGAGAAGCCAACGAAGAAGUUCAGCCUGGAUCAAGGGCUAAGGAAAUAGCUAAGGUGAAGGCGCGAUUGGUUAAGUUGCGUGGCAGGUAUAAUUUUACCAGAUAUAUCUUACAGCUCCUUUUACUAGCUUCCGAGCAAGAUCUUGUCAGUAAUCCGAAGUUAUUCGAUAUGUUUGUCAAAUGCGGUGAACCAUAUGACUAAUAGUAAAUUUAAACAUGUUCUAAUGUUUUUAUAGAUAUGUAAAACUAAAACUGCUGUGGCUCCCAUAUCAACUCGUACCCCACCAAUUUCACGUGUUUGCCCUUUAUACCCACAUACUUAACCGCCUUUUCAAAGAAAUUGCAACUUGUGAAAUACAUUUUUUUGGGUCAUA